GGCGGCAAAGAAGCGGAAGCUCUCAACCAAAGAUUUCGAGCCAAGAAGUUACCAAGUAAAAAUUUACGAAGAGGCAAUGAAGGAGAACACCAUAGCUGUUCUCGACACAGGGUCAGGCAAGACGAUGAUCGCACUUAUGCUGAUCCAGGAGCUGGCGAAGGAUCUUGGUGUUGGAGAGGAGAAAAAAAGGGUCAUCGUUUUCCUUGCGCCCACUGUUCAUCUUGUUCACCAGCAAUAUGAAGUGAUCAAGGCUCAAACCAACUUGAGUACUGCACAGUACUGCGGUGCAUUGGUCAUGGAUCACUGGAAUUCUGAAUCGUGGGAAAAAGAGAUCUCUGCUCACAAGGUGAUUGUUAUGACCCCCCAAAUAUUGUUAGAUGCCCUGAGGAAAGCAUUCUUGACACUGGAUAUGAUCCGACUAAUAAUAUUCGACGAGUGUCAUCGUGCUUCGGGGAACCAUCCGUAUGCCAAAAUAAUGAAGGAAUUUUAUUGCAAGACUGUGCAUAAGCCUACAAUUUUUGGAAUGACAGCAUCCCCUCUUAUAAGAAAAGGUGUCUCAUCUGUAAUGGAUUGUGAAGGUCAACUUUCCCAACUUGAAAGCAUUUUAGAUUCAAAGAUAUAUACAGUGGAUGAUAGAAGUCAAACCUAUCAUUUCGUAACAGCUAAAGAAGUCAAUCGGUACUUUGAUCAGAAGUUGGUUUUUCAUGAUGACCUGAAAAUACAACUGGGAUCACUAUUGGUCGAGCUGAGUGCUUCACUGGCUCAUCUACAAGACUCACGAUCAUGCCAAUUCAGGGAUGCUGAAGAUAUUCUUAACAAAUUAAAAAAGGAUUGUUCGAGUUGGCAUGGAAAAAUCUGCCAUUGUCUUGAUGAUCUUGGUCUAAUUUGUGCCACCCAGGCUGCUAAGGUCUACCCAGAAUCUGUUCAGCUUCCAUGUCCUACAAAAAGCGGCAAUUUUUUUGCAGAAAGUGUUUCUUUGUGCAAAUAUUUCCUGGAGAAGGUGAUGCAUGCGAUUGAAGAUCGUUUGACACAGGGUUAUGAAAUGCUUCUUAAAACUGAACAGGGGUGGCUCAAUGCAAUACAGUUGGGCUACAUCACACCCAAGCUGUUUGAACUACUGCAAAUUCUGAAAACGUUUCCAUCUAAUCAAGUUCGAUGCCUUGUUUUCGUGGAAAGGAUCAUUACAGCUACAGUUAUACAACAUUUUAUUAAGAAAAUCAGUUACUUAUCGCAUCUAAAAGUUUCUUAUUUGACUGGAGGGAGUAAUUCUGCAGAGGCAUUAACUCAAAAACUGCAAAAGGAAACUUUGGAAUUAUUUCGAUCUGGAAAGGUAAAUUUAGUAUUCACCACCAAUGUAGCUGAAGAGGGUCUUGACAUUCCAGAAUGCUCCUGUGUGAUACGAUUUGACCUGCCAAAAACAGUUUGUAGUUAUGUUCAGUCACGUGGACGAGCUCGCCAAGCUGGUUCUCAUUAUAUCAUCAUGCUUGAGCGGGGAAACAUUCAACAAAGGGAUUUGUUAUUUAGUAUCAUCAGGAGUGAGCACUCGAUGAUGGAUACUGCUUUAAAUAGAAACUCUAUUUCCCUCGUCCGAAAAUUGCCUAAGGAUAACGAGAUGGAGGCAUUCCGUGUUCAUUCAACUGGGGCAACAAUAACAAUUGAUUCCAGUGUUGGUCUUAUAUAUAGAUAUUGUGAAAAGCUGCCUAAAGACAAGUAUUACUCUCCUAGACCAAACUUUCAAUAUAAUACUCAUGAUGGAUCUUCCGAGUGUACAUUAAUUUUACCUCCAGGUGCUGCUUUUCAAAAGUUAGUUGGCCCGCUUUGUCGAAAUAAUCAGAAAGCAAAGCAGCUUGUAUGUUUGGAUGCCUGUAAAAAACUGCACCAACUGGGGGCGCUUGAUGAUCAUCUUGUUCCUAUUAUUGAAGAGACUCUGGAUAUUGAACUGAGUAAAGGAGAUAAGAAAUCUGCUGCUGGUGCAGGAACAACAAAAAGAAAAGAACUACAUGGCACGGUCCCCAUAUCUGCUUUAUCAGGAGAUUGGGUGCACCGAAAGGUUGGUGUCACUUUGCAGGGAUAUAAGUUCAAUUUCUUAUGCAAUAAACCUGAGCAAAAAUAUAGUAGUUUUGUUCUACUGGUCGAUGCUGCGCUGGAUAAAGAUGUUGCCUGUGUGGAAAUUGAUCUUUACUUAGUCGACAAGAUGGUCAAAACUUCUGUCUCUCCAUGUGGGUCAAUUCAUUUGGAUGCGGAACAGGUAGAGCAAGCAAAACGCUUCCACGAACUGUUUUUCAAUGGUGCCUUUGGGAAGCUUUUUAAAGGAUCAAAGUCAUCAGGAGAACCCCGACAACUGCUAUUCAAUGAAGAUAGAAGCCUAUUGUGGAAUAUGUCGUAUAUGUAUAUGCUUCUGCCCCUUGUGUCUCCUUGUGAAGAUCAAGACACUGUAAGAAUCAACUGGAAUGGGAUCCGAGAUGCUGCUUCCGUGGUUGAUUUUUUAAUAGCUAGCAAUGUGCCCAAAGCGAAGAACUUUUGUGACGCCGAAGUUGAUGCUUCACUGGUUUCUGAAAAAUCAGAUGCGACGGAUAGCUGUAUACUAGACAUGAUUCACCUGGCAAAUAAAACAGUACAUUAUCAAAAGGUUAAAUAUAUGGUAGUAAUGGGAAUCCAUACGGGGAAGUUAUACUCCAUUAUUGAUGUACAAGCCGGAAUGUCCGCUGAUAGUCCAUUUGAGGUACCUGAUUUUGCGACAUUUACAGAGUACUUCUCCAAAAAGUAUGGGAUUGUGCUUCAGCAUCCAGGACAACCAUUAUUACUUUUAAAGCACAGCCAUAAUCCACACAAUCUUCUAUCUUCAAACAUUAAAUUCGAAGGAAACUCGGCUUCUAAGAAAACAAAAAGUGCCAACCUUUAUGUAAAAAGGGCACCAAAUAAUGUGCACAUGCCUCCAGAACUUUUAGUUCACAUUAAUUUACCAUUAGAUGUUCUGAAGUCUCUGUAUUUGCUUCCUUCUUUAAUGCACCGGAUGGAGUCCUUAAUGCUAGCCUGUCAACUGAGAAGGGAGAUCGCUUUUCAGUCUUCUGAUUCUUGUAUAUCAAGUACCCUGAUUUUGGAAGCAAUCACAACUUUAAGAUGUUGUGAGGAUUUCUCUUUAGAGCGUUUGGAACUUCUUGGGGAUUCUGUUCUGAAGUAUGCUCUGAGCUGUUAUCUGUAUUUGAAAUUUCCAGAAAAACAUGAGGGGCAAUUAUCUUCCCGUAGGUCAUAUACAGUUUGUAAUGCGAUGCUUCAUAAACUGGGAGUCAACCGCAAUCUUCAGGGGUACAUUCGAGAUGCUGUGUUUGAUCCUCGCCGUUGGGUUGCCCCUGGUCAACUUACUAAUCGGCCUUACCCAUGUAAAUGUGAAGUUUCUGAAGUGCCAUGCAAAAUCGUUCACACAGACAAUGAUAAUUCUAUCGUGAUAGGAAAAGCUUGUGAUGGGGGUCAUAGGUGGAUCUGCUCCAAGACUAUCUCGGAUUGUGCUGAGGCUUUGAUUGGAGCUUAUUAUGUUGGUGGUGGGUUAAGUGCAGCAGUUGCGAUGAUGAAAUGGCUUGGAAUUGAUGUGGAAUGUGGGCCUGAAUUGAUCAAGAAAUCCAUAACAUCCACAUGUUUUACUUCAAAAUCUGAUGAGAUAGAAGCUCUAGAGGUAAAACUUGGCUAUGAAUUUAUGGUUAAAGAUCUUCUAUUGGAGGCAAUUACACAUGGUUCUCAGCAAGAAAUAGGAAUAAACUACUGCUACCAGCGGCUUGAAUUUCUUGGUGACGCCGCACUAGACUUGGUCAUAACAUGGCAUCUGUUUCAAACUUACAAAGAUAUUGAUCCUGGAGAAUUAACUGAUUUAAGAUCAGCAUCAAUUAGCAAUGAAAGCUUUGCUCGAUGUGCAAUCAGGCAUAAGCUUCAACAGCAUCUUCAGCACUCUUCAGGUUUAUUGUCAGAACAAAUAACAGAAUAUGCCAUGCGAUUGGAAGAAGCCAGAGAGGAUGAUGAUUUGUCUUCAUUGAAUGGUUUACCAAAAGGCCCUAAGGUACUUGGGGACAUGGUUGAGAGUAUAGCUGGUGCUAUACUACUAGAUGUGAAUCUCGAAUUAAAUAAAGUUUGGGAAAUUUUUAAACCAUUACUUUCUCCCAUUGUAACACCUCGUAAUCUUGAGCUACCUCCUGUUAGGGAACUACUUGAGUUGUUGGGUCGCCGUGGCUAUUUCUUGAAUGUUAAGUUCACUAUGGAAGGAGAUAUAGCAGUUGCUCAGCUCAGUGUUCAGCUAGAGAAAGUUUAUUUAGUGAGGACAGGGCGUGACAAGAAGAAAAAAGUUGCGAAAGGUCAAGCAGCUUUACUAUUACUGAAGGAUCUUGAGAAACAAGGAAUUAGAACUCAUGAGCCCUCCAGUCCUAAUCAGCAUGAAGGAAAAUCUUCCGAUAAUUCUUGUCUAGCAAUUGAUGUGGAUAUCAGCAUGCCACCAAGAGACAAUGAAACAGUUGAAUCCAAGAAAUCAUGUGAUCCAAGUCUCAAUGAACAAGUGGUUUUGUCAGUGAAUAUGAAGAAAGGGGGGCCUCGAACUGCACUAAAUGAGCUUUGUCAAAAAUCACAGUGGCCAAGGGCUCGGUUUGAAUCAGAAAGUUGCAAGCUCAGUGCUGGAGAGAAGAAUGGGCACCUACAUUUUGUCUCGAUCAUUAAGCUGCAUAUACCGAAUUGCCCUUGUAUCAGUCUGAAAGGAGAAAUGCGCCCAGAUAAAAAGGCUUCCCAAGAUUCAGCUGCAAUUAUCAUGCUUUAUGAGCUCCAGAAACAAGGCAGAUGCUGCUUGAAGGAAGUGUGACUGAUCCCCAGGGCUAGAUGCUCAGAUUGGGGCUUUGUGGAUGUUAUUUAUGUGAAAUACAUUUGAUUAUUUAUGUGGAUCUCAUUGAUUGCUCUAUAAGCACAUUUACAAUGCAAGGACUCUUGCUUAGUGCAAGUUCAAUUGGUUGUUGCUCGUUA